GUUGUUUGUCAACUUUGUCAAUGUGAAAUUUGUGAAACAAUGACGUUUUGAUGGUGCCUUUCUAAUAAAUUUAUAUUUCGAUGAAACAUGAGUGAUGGGGUCGAUCUUGAAAUCAUUAAAAAAACGCAACAAGCUCUUGGGAAGUAUAUCAAAAAACCGCCACUCACAGAAAAACUGUUGAGUAAACCCCCAUUCAGAUUUUUACACGAUGUAGUAGUGGCGGUGAUAAAAAAUACUGGGUUUCUGAAAGACCUCUUCAAUCAAGAUGAAUUGAUCGCAGAUAAUGUGAAAGAAAGGGAGGCGAAAUUGUCUUUUCUUAAUAAAUUGAUCGAGGCAGUUAAGAAUAUAACCAGUAUUGAACUAAAAGUACGUGCCAGUAAAAUAAUAGCAGGGGCUCAACCUAACGAAACAAAUCUACUUUUACAAGCCAUAGCUCACGGAAUCGAAAAAAAACUAGACUCGUCAACUUACACUAACAAAAACCACCAGCAAACCAAAUUGAAAAAGAGUUCCAGUAAAGAGACCAAACUAGAUAAAUCGCCGAAAGAUGAGAAAUCCCCUACGGAACGGAAAAAUAAGGAGAACAGAAAUAGGAGCAAAGCUAGAGAACCAUCGAAGGAGAGAAAAGUUGUUUCUAAAGAAAAUGUCAACGAUAAACAUGAAAAGAAAACAUCGAUAUCUAGCACACGUUCGAACAAAUCCGAAAGUAAAACGAAGAAAACCAAACCUAAAGAUAUCAAUUCGCCGGAGUCUAUAUCUAAAACGUCCGAGAAUGUUUCAAUCAAGGAAAAAUAUAGCGAGAGGGCUGAAGUUGAAAAUAAAGCAAUACCAAUCGUUGAAGAGCCUGUGAAUAAUUUGGUAUCAAUCAAUGAAUCGGUCACUAACGAAGAUACCAUUUCUGAGUUUCCAACAAACGACGAUGACAGACCGAAAACUAGGGAUGUCCAAAGUAGUUUUCUCGCCAGGAUGGCCAACAAAAUUCCGGAAAAUGAGGGAAAUAUUGUGGCGCCGAUUGAAACGAAAAACGUAACUGAUGGAUCAAGCGAGGUUUUAGUUAUAGAACCAGAGAAAAAUCAGGCCGCACCUGUGACUAGACAGACGACGGCGCGACCUAAGUCCGCUAGACCGAAAAGCGGGGAAUUUAGGGAGAAAAAUGAAAAGCAUUUUGAGAACCAGAAGAAGAAAUUGGAGGUUGAGGAUAAGGAGAACAUCGUGCUCCAGACUAGCGGUCCUCAGAGGCCGAGGAGCUCGCUGAGGCCUCCCAGCGUGAGACCGUCGAGCGCCAGACCUGGGGCUCCUCGCCUGCGACCCGACUCUGCCCUGCCCGUCGAGGAGGUCGUGCCCAUGGGCAAGAUCAACGUCAUAGUGGAGAACUUCGACCACGACGCCGCCGACGACGAGGAAACCGUCGUGAUCCACAACGCGCCCGAGGACGCGACGCCCGUCGAGCCGGUCGUCGAUCUUCCAGCCAAGAACCAGAGCCACCUGGUGGGGCAGAUCCUGGACCAGAUCAGGGACCCGGAGGAGCUGUCGAAGAAGGGCAAGGCGGAGGUCGAUUGGGAACAAGACAAUCUGAGAGGAAGAGACACUACAAGCAAAGAAAUGAAUCAGCUGAGGAACGUUAUACAAAGUUUCACCAAAACUGCAAAUCCUUUGGGAAAAUUACUGAAUUAUCUCCACGAAGACAUAGAAACCAUGCAUGCUGAGUUGCAGCAAUGGACCAAAAUCAAAUCUCAGCUAUUUGCAGAAAUUGCUAAGCAGGAAAAGCUGAAAUUAGAAAUGGAAAAACCCCUGCUGGAAAAAUUAGAAAACCUAAAACAUGAGAUAGCAAAGCAAGAACAGGAAAUUGUUAGCGUCAGAUCUAACAUAAUCAAAAACGACAACAGAAUAAAAGAUUUGAUUAACAAAUGAUGUGCCUUAAAAUACGGACCUUUUUGAGAAAAUGUCGAAAUUCGAUAAGUUAUACAAGGAAUUUUUAUAACAGAAACUCUGAUCUAUUUUAGUAGGUGCGAAAAUAUUUGAGAAAAAGGACUUUUUCAAGACGAAAAUAUUCAAUUGAACUUGAAAUUUUUGGCAAUAAUUAACCAUUGUAGACUAUGUACUUCCACUGCGUAAACCAUAUAUGUUAUUAUCACUUUA